AUUUGCUGUGGAAAAACACCUCCUUUUCUUUUCUCUCUCUUCUCUCCUCUCUCUUUUUGCCCUACGGUUGUUGGGGUUGGGUUUCUUCAUUAAGAUUUUGGGUUAUCUUGUCUUGGAAUGCAAAAAUUGGCUCUAAUCUUCAUCUGGGCUGUGUUGAUUUUGCUUAAAAAAGUGAUCUUUUUUGCUCUCCUUUGGGGAUUUUCUUGUGAGAAACAGCCAUGCCUGCUCUUGUCAAUUACAGAGGUGAUGAUGAUCUGUAUUCUGGGGCUUCAUUGCGUUCCGGAGAUUCCGGCCUCUUACUCUCCAACUCCCACGUGGAGAUCUACUGCCCUCCAAGGAAGCGGUCGCGGAUCAGCGGCCCUUGCGUCAUUAGUGGGAACUUCUUCGAGGAUAACAGACCAUCUGUUGAUGUCCUCCCAGAUGAGUGCUUAUUCGAGAUCUUCAGGCGCUUACCUGGUGGCCGGGAGAGGAGUUCCGCAGCAUGUGUUUCAAAGCGCUGGCUCACGAUCUUGAGCAGCGUUCGCAGCUCUGAGUUCUACAACAAGGAACAUGUCUCCGCGGAUGAGGAUAUGGAAGUGGAAUGCGAUGGGUACCUCACUAGGUGUGUGGAAGGGAAGAAAGCGACGGAUGUCAGGCUUGCCGCCAUUGCAGUUGGCACAUCUAGCCGCGGGGGACUUGGGAAGCUUUCUAUCAGGGGAAGCAACUCGUUGAGGAAGGUUUCUAACUUUGGUAUGUCAGCGAUAGCUCGCGGUUGCCCUUCCCUCAAGGCUCUCUCAUUGUGGAAUGUGCCCUCCAUCGGUGACGAAGGACUAUUUGAGAUUGCACGAGAGUGCCAUUCGUUGGAGAAGCUAGACCUGUGCCAAUGCCCUUCAAUCUCUAACAAGGGUUUGGCUGCCGUCGCAAAGAGUUGUCCCAAUUUGACUGCAGUGAAUAUCGAGUCGUGUUCAAACAUUGGCAAUGACGGCCUUCAAGCACUUGCCAAAUUCUGUCCGAAGCUGCAGUCAAUCACUAUCAAAGACUGCGCGCGUGUUGGGGAUCAGGGAAUUGCCUGCCUUUUGUCAUCGGCCUCUGCCUUGACAAAGGUGAAACUUCAGUCGCUCAACAUCACAGAUUACUCGGUUGCUGUGAUAGGCCACUACGGAAAAGCCAUUGCGAAUCUUGUUCUAUGUGGGCUUCAAAAUGUGAGCCAAAAAGGCUUCUGGGUGAUGGGCAAUGCACGAGGUCUUGAAUCGCUAUCGAAUCUGACCGUUAGUUCUUGCCGGGGAAUAACCGACUUGAGCAUCGAAGCAAUCGGGAAGGGCUGCCCAAACUUAAAACACAUGUGUGUCCGUAAGUGUUGCUUUGUGUCUGAUAAUGGGCUCGUGGCUUUUGCCAAGGCAACGAGUUCUCUUGAAUACUUGCAGUUGGAGGAAUGCAAUAGGAUUACACAAAUAGGGAUCUUGACUGCUCUUUCCUGCAUCAGUUCAAAAUUGAAAUCUGUUUCUUUGGUUAAAUGCAUGGGAAUCAAGGAUCUAUCGAUGGACUUUCCAACGCUCUCCCCCUGCGAGUCUCUUCGUUCUUUGUCGAUCCGGAGCUGUCCCGGAUUCGGAAGUACUAGUUUGGCUAUGGUUGGGAAGCUAUGCCCCCACCUACAUCACCUGGAUCUGAGUGGACUUUGCGGGAUCACGGACACAGGGCUUCUCCCGCUCCUAGAAUGCUGUGAGGCGGGGCUCGCCAAGGUUGAUCUUAGCGAGUGCUCGAAUUUGACCGACGAAGUGAUCUUGGCUUUGGCUAGGUUGCACGGUGCGACUCUUGAAUUGGUGAAUCUCGACGGGUGCCAAAAGAUCACCGAUGCAACUCUAGCAGCGCUGGCCGAGAGUUGCCCGUUACUCAAUGACCUUGACGUCUCCAGGUGUUUGGUCACGGAUGCUGGUGUUGCUGCUCUUUCGCGUGGAGUGCAAUCUAAUCUGCAGGUCCUCUCCUUGUCGGGGUGCUCGAUGGUGUCGAACAAGAGCAUUCCCGCUCUCGAGAGACUGGGGCAGACACUCGUCGGCUUGAAUCUCCAGCACUGCAACUCCAUCAGCAACAGCAAAGUGGAGAUGCUCACUGAGAAAUUGUGGAGAUGUGAUAUCCUUUCUUGAGUCGAUCGGGCGAGGAUGGCAUCACACGACGAUCAGUGAUUUUUCGCGAGCGCGUGCAACAUAGGCAUUGGUCGAUCGGCCCGACUCGAUUGUUUUCCGUGGAGGCCAAGGCGAAUCAGUUUUUUAUCUGCUACCCCAUUUUUGCAGGCUUCUUUGUAUUUAACAAGCCUGUUAAAACCCCCCUUUUUAGCCCUCUCUUGUGGGAGAGGUUGCCUCUUUGACUGCCUUUGGUUUCUAGCCAAUACGGCUAUCGUGUCGUGCUGCCGACCAACCCGUCCCCGUCCCCGUCCCGCCUAUGGUGCUACUCGUUGUCUGAGCCCCGUGCUAUCCACCUUCACGUCCCGUCUGUGGUGCUCCUCCUCGUCGCCUGAGCCCCCCACCAGUACUUCCUCCGCCAUCGUUCAUAUUGUGUCAAUAAAGUUUUCAUUUCCAUGUCUCGUGGUGAUGUUCGUCUCGUCUAGUCUUCGUUGUACUUGGUCCCGUGUCGAUAAAGCUGUUGCUAGUUUCUGUGUUUUGUAGUGUGAGUGUUAUGGUUUCUUCUGUUUGAGUGUCUGUGCUUGUUAAGCUUGUGUAUUGGGUGGUAAUACUCUGUUGUGGAGUUGAGAGUGAGGUAUUCUGUUUCUUCUUUUUUAUAGGAUUGAAAUAUCCUAUUUCUGCAGCUUACCUCAUUUCUUGAUUCUACAAUGUAAUUACUACCCUUUUUAUGUUCAAUAAGGAAAUGAAAUUGUGUUUUGUGUA